AGUCGCCGGGACCCGGAAGUGCGGGGUCGCGUGCUGCGGCUCCGGGAGGCCUCCGGCUGAGAAUGGCUCCGGAAGGGAAGACCAAACGGAGGAAAAAGAAGAGUGCUCAGGAGGGGGAGAGCCCGGACGAUGGCGGUCGUGGGCCUCUGGCAGGAGACUACCUGGUCGGACAGGUCGCCGACAGCUUAGUCCACGGCGCGCGCCCUUCCGGAGGCGGCCCAGGUCGGCUGGCGGCCCUCUUCAGCUCCGUGGAGCCUCAGCUUCCACCCGUGUUCGUGCCUGUGCCUAAGGAAACCACCAAAAAAAGGAAACGGGAUGAGGAGGAAGAAAGUACAUUCCCAAAUCAAAGACCACUUUUGCAAGAACCUGCCAAAAAAGUGAAAGCGAAGAGGAAACUUUCCGAUGCCGACAAAAAGUUGGCAGACAGAGAAAAUGCUCUAGCAAGUGCUGAUUUAGAAGAAGACACGUGUAAUAAGAAGAAGCUGAAGUCAUUUUUUAAAGAAUAUGGACAGAUAGAAUCUGUACGAUUUCGUUCUGUGAUUCCAGCAGAGGGAACUCUGUCCAAAAAGUUGGCAGCGAUAAAACGUAAAGUUCAUCCCGAUCAGAAGAAUAUUAACGCUUACGUCGUGUUUAAGGACGAGAACUCUGCGGCCAGAGCUCUGAGCAGAAAUGGGGCCCAGAUUGCUGACGGAUUUCGUAUUAGAGUUGAUCUGGCGUCAGAGACCUCAUCUAGAGACAAGCGGUCGGUGUUUGUGGGGAAUCUCCCGUACAAGGCUGAAGAGCCUGCGGUCGAGGAGCACUUUUUGGACUGCGGAAGUGUCGUGGCAGUAAGGAUCGUGAGAGACCCGCGCACAGGCGUCGGCAGAGGGUUUGGCUUUGUGCUCUUCGAGAAUACAGAUGCCGUUCAUCUUGCUCUGAAGUUAAACAAUUCUGAACUGAUGGGAAGAAAACUCCGAGUCAUGCGUUCUGUUAAUAAAGAAAAAUUAAAACAAAAUUCAAAUUCCAGUUUGAAGAAUGUUAGUAAACCUAAGAAGGGACUUAAUUUUGCCUCAAAAAAGGUAGGACAUUCUGAAAGUUUAUUUAUCGGAGAAAAAGCUGUUCUUGUCAAGAAGAAAAAGAAAGGACAGAAGAAAAGUGGACAAAUCAAGAAACAGAAAAAACAGAAGUAGCAAUCUGAAGCUUUCUUUUUUUCCACUGGGUAGUGGUAAUAAAAAUGUGGCGAACUCACGUAAUGAGUUUCAGAAUUUUUUAUGGAUGGCGUAUGUGAACAUGGAAACUUUUUUAGUUUAUUCAUAUUUUAAUAGUACCUUUGAAGCAUUUAAGAUAUAGGCAGAUUAGACACCAUGGAUUAUAUGUUAUUGCUGAUGAGAUGAUUUAGACUUAGGGUAAACGUUUGGAAUUUCAGCGGUUAUAUAUUAUUUUAACGAGUGUUAGAAAUAUUUAAUUAACACCUCAGUUAUUUCGAGAAUUACUUGGAAUGAGACUAAAUUAAAAAGUAAAUUUAAAAAUAAAACAAUAAACUUUAAUACUGA